CAGGAAGCUGUGUGUUAAGUGUGUGUGGAGGGAGAGAGAAGAAAGAGAGAGUGUUAUCUAUCGUGUGCAAAGCAGGAGGAACAGUUGCAUGAUAAAUUGCUAGUUUAAACUUCUCUUCCAGACAAGUUCUUUUGGCUCUUUGGCAACUGAAGAGCUCACAGCUUGGACUCGUAGCCGAGGAAGAUGCUUCAAUUCCUAAAGGAAAAAAAGAGCUGAGCUUUUAUCACCUAUUCCAGAGCGUGUAGAGGCCACAUGGAGGCAGGGAAUCAUGGUGACUUUUGUAGACCACCCAGCCUACAUGGGUCUGUUGUCAGCUGGUGGCGAGCUAAGGAUGCAAUUCUCAGAUGCAGUCAAGUACAGCAUACUGGCCGUUUCUGUUAUUCUUCUUCUGCUGGCACUGAGUAUCUUGGCCUGGCAAAUCUUCAGAUGCUUCUCACAGACGUACACUACGUACACUGAACAAGAGACAGUAAACAGUGGUCCAAUGUACUCAGAUGAGAAGCCAACAACAGCAGGAAGCUACUCGGCACCUCCAAAUACUACGGUGGAGGAUGUCAGUGCCGAAGCCCAAAGAUUAAGUCGCUGUUUGUCUGAGGCUUCAUUUCCAUCUUCAGAAUGCAUUCUGGCAGAUGGGGAAAUAGGAGAACAGGAAACAAUGAAAAAGGUUAAUGGCUCACUACGUUUCUCAGUCUACUAUGACCAGCUGCAGUCGCGCCUGGUGGUGACCGUGUUGCAAGUGGAGGGGCUUUUGGUCCACAGCCAGACCACAAGCCUCCAGCCAUUUGUUAAGAUACGACUCAUGUGGACUGGAUCAGAGGGAGUAGAAGUGGAGGGCUCAAAGGAAGAUGAGGGUGAAGUGGCGCCACCUGUUCUGUGGACAGUGCUGCAGGAGUGGCACACACGCGUUGUGAAAGGCAGCUGUAACCCUCUAUAUGGUGACCAGUUUAGCUGCAUUCUGGAAGAGGACAAGGAUGCGCUUCGUCACAUCAACCUCAGGAUGGAGGUAAGGGACUUUGAUAAAUACUCCAGAGACGCUGUGUUAGGAGAGGUGAGGGUUCCUCUGGGACAGCUAAACAUUUCCUACCCUUUAGAGCUACAAGAGGAUCUACAGAUACCCCAAAAGGAUCUUGUUGGAGAGUUGCUGCUGUCAUUAAGGUUUCUUCCCACCUCCCAGAGGCUUGAGGUUGGCUUGUUGAAGAUCAAAAUGGCUCUUACUGAGAUUUCCUUAGAUGCAGCGCUGAAUGCCAGGAUUAGUGUCCAGUGCAAUCAGAGCAAGUUGAGGUACCAGAAAACCUCUGCAGUGGCCCUCUGUCCAGUGACUGUCUUCAAUGAAGUCUUUAUGUUCUCCCUGCCAGAGUUUCCUCUGGAGCAGUGUAAGAUUUUGGUUUCUGUGUACAAGAUUCACACAACUACUAAAUCUAAAUCAAGCAAACAUCUGAUGGGACAGUUGAGUGUGGGGAAGGAGAGGGAUUCAGAAGAUGAACACUGGACCUUGAUGUUGCUUUCAAUCCGCCAGCCUGUUGCAAAGUGGCAUGGUCUGAUGAUUUAACUAACAAUUCAUAAACCCCUUUGUGAGAGCUAAUUUUGUGUUGGUGUUAUAUUCUACUGAAAGCUGGGGCAUUGGUGUGUAUAUAGGUAUCUGCUUUAAUUCCUUUCCCUUUUAAUUCAACAAUAAGGAAGCCUUCAUGCUUCCAGCAGGAAAGUGAAGUGACUACUCAACAUUGACUUUAUUGUACCUAGCUUCGUAUGCAUCUUGUCCAUCUAUGUUUUAGCUCCAAAUCUUAUUACAAAAAUUGUUUUUGAUCUGAACAUAUUGUACUUACUGUUUAUGGUACCAUUGAAAUUGUUUUAAAGUUCUCUGGAAAUAAAAUUUGUUGUUCCAUCGUU